GAAAGAUGGAGAGAGGUGGUCGAGAAAAAGAAGAAGAAGAAGAAGAAGCAACAAUGGAAUCGAUAAGCCUGCUUUCACCAUACGAUAUGACCAUCUUCCGUCUUUCUCACAGGGUUGUAUUGGCACCUUUAUCAAGACUAAGAUCGUAUAACUUCACACCACAACCGCAUGCCAUUUUGUAUUACACGCAAAGAACGACCAAAGGUGGGUUGUUGAUCAGUGAAGCAUCUGGGAUUUCGGAUACUGCUCAAGGAUUACCAAACACACCUGGGAUUUGGAAGAAGGAGCAUGUAGAAGCUUGGAAACCCAUUGUUGAUGGUGUUCAUAACAAUGGAGGAAUCUUCUUCUGCCAACUUUGGCAUUCUGGCAGAGUUUCCAACACUAGUUAUCAGCCCAACGGUCAGUCUCCGAUCUCCAGCACCGACAAGCCAAUUUCCACACACUUGUUUAUCGGUGGUGGUUCUGGAGGUGACAAUGCUCCCUAUUCACCUCCACACAGAUUAACCAUCGACGAAAUCUCCCAAGUCGUUAAUGACUUCCUAAUCGCUGCAAGAAACGCAAUCGAAGCAGGUUUUGAUGGUGUCGAGAUCCACGGGGCAAACGGAUACUUAAUCGAUCAGUUCAUGAAAGAUCAAGUAAACGAUCGGGACGAUCGAUACGGCGGGAGUCUAGAGAAUCGUUGCCGGUUUCCGCUUGAAAUCGUUGAAGCAAUCUCAAACGAGAUCGGAUCCGAGAGAGUCGGAAUGAGGCUGUCUCCGUUCGCUGACUACAACGAAUGCGGUGACACAGAUCCCCACUCGCUAGGCAUUUUCAUGGCUGAGUCGCUGAGUAAACUCGGAAUCGCUUAUUGCCAUGUGAUUGAACCACGAAUGGUGACUCAGUUUGAGAAGGUAGAGACUCGGAACACUUUGGUGUCGAUGCGGAAGGCGUUUGCAGGUACUUUCAUCGUUGCUGGCGGGUAUCACGAUCGAAAUGAAGCAAAUUGUGUGGUUGAAAAUGGGGAUGCGGAUCUCGUAGCGUUCGGACGUGCAUUCUUGGCCAACCCCGACUUACCUCGAAGGUUUAGGCUCAAAGCUCAGCUAAACAAGUACGAUAGAAGCACAUUCUAUACCGAUGAUCCCGUAGUUGGAUACACUGAUUACCCAUUUCUCGAUGAUUAGAUACACCUAAAUAUUUGGAAUGUAUUCAAAGUUC